AUGGCUAAAGUUCUUACAACCAGUGAGGAGGAUUUAACAAUCGCUGCUAAGCAAAUCAAUGCAGGCGGACUUGUUGCUUUCCCAACAGAAACAGUUUAUGGUCUUGGUGCUCAUUUAGAGGAAAAGGCACUUGCGCAAAUUUUUGCCGCCAAACACCGUCCAUAUUCUGAUCCACUUAUUACACAUUUUGCCACAGCAGAGGCUGCCAAGAAGUACUUAAUUUUAACAGACGAAGAGUCUGCUAAUUUUGAUAAGCUUGCCGCUGCAUUUUGGCCAGGUCCAAUGACACUUGUCGCACCAGCUACCAAGGCUGUUCCACCUCUUGUUAUGGCAGGUACAGGUUGCGUUGGUGUUCGUGUCCCAUCACAUCCAAUUGCUCAUAGAUUCCUUGAGAUUUGCGGCGAACCAGUUGCUGCCCCAAGUGCAAAUCUCUUUGGCCACGUUUCUCCUACAACAUGCGAUCAUGUUAUGUAUGAUCUUGGCCAGACACCAGAUCUUCUUGUUAUUUCUGGUGGAAACGCCACAAUUGGUAUCGAAUCAACAGUUCUCCGUCUUCAUGGCAAAAACAUUACAGUUCUUCGUCCAGGCUUUAUUACAGCUGGCCAAGUUGAACAGGUCAUCCCAGGCUCUGUUACAAGAGAUGCUGGUGUCCAGGAGAAACUUGCUUCUCCAGGCCACGAAACUCGCCACUACGCUCCAAAUAUGCCAACAUAUCUCGUUCGUAAGCAAGGAUCAAAGGAUGCUGUUGAACAAACAGUUUCUCUUACACCAGAUACAGUACUCAUCGACUUUAAUCGUACAUUUUCUACUGCUUCCAGCCAGGUUCUUCGUUAUUUCGAUCUCAGCCCUGUUGGAAACGUUGCUGACGCUGUUCGUAAUGUUUACAACGUAUUAAGAGAUGCAGAAGUAACGCCCGGCGCUAAGCAAUGCAUCAUUGCUGAUAUCCUUGAGUCAGGAAACCAUGAUGAUACACAUGAUAACGAGCUUUGCAAUUCUCUUCGUGAUAGACUACUUCGUUCUGCUUCACACCAGAUCAGAACCCUUAUUUUAUAA